AUGGUCACGUCCAUUCGACAACCGAUAGCAAAUAAUGUGAUAGUGUCUUCGUCACAGCCGCCGGCCUUACAUCCUGUCUAUCCUAAUGGACAGCAAGUCAGAGCUGGAUUGAUUAGACAACCUGUGCAAGUACGAACCCUAGCUCCCAGCCAAAUACGACAGCAAAUGCCAGUCCGACCGGCUCUCCCACUCCAAAAGCAACUCGGAGCCAUCAAACAGCAGGGGACGAAACCAGCAGUGCCUUCUAACCUCAAGCCGUUAGCCAAAGACAAAGAGAAGAAAACGUUCUCUUCGGCGUACACCGGAGAUGACGACAUCAACGACGUGGCCGCCAUGGGCGGCGUCAAUCUCGCCGAGGAAACGCAAAAGAUCCUCGGCUCCACCGAAUUCGUAGGUACCCAAAUUAGGUCUUGUAAAGAAGAAGUGAUGUGCUCGAUGCCGCCCCUCCAACAACGGAUACGACAGGCGAUGGCCAAGCACGGCUUGGACGAACCCGGCACGGAUGUAGCGGCGUGUAUAUCGCACGCGGCCCAAGAGAGGCUCAGAGAUCUCAUAGAAAAAUUGUCCGUUAUUUCUGAACAUAGGUUGGAUAAUAUCAAGACGAAUACGCGGUACGACAUUACGAACGAUAUUAAAGGUCAAUUAAAGUUUCUCGAAGAUCUUGACAAAGCCGAAAGGAAGAGGCACGAGGAGAUGGAGCGGGAGGUGUUAAUGAGGGCGGCGAAAAGUCGGUCGCGGACCGAAGACCCCGAACAAGCUAAAUUGAAGGCGAAGGCGAAAGAGAUGCAGAGGGUGGAGAUGGAGGAGUUGAGGCAGCGAGAGGCUAACGCGACGGCGUUGCAGGCGAUCGGUCCGAGGAAAAAGCCGAGGAUGGACGGUGAAUUAGCCAAUACAACCCAAUCGAACGUGGGAGGUCCGGGUAGUGGUCUGCGAGGACAACUUCCGCUCCGGCAGCGCAUGAAGAAGGUGACCUUGCGCGACAUUCAGUUCCUGUUCGAGACAGAGAAGGACCUCUGCAAGAGUCGCAUCUUGUACAAGUCCUACCUUAAGUGA